ACAAAUACCCGAGCAGAAAGCAAAGAGGGCACAGUACUGCCUCAGCAUCACAGCAAACGACCCAAUUCUCCAACAAUGAACGCCCUUCGCUCAAUCGUUGUGGUCGCCAUACUUAUGGCUCUGGUUUACUCCACUUCCGCAUUCCCUGAACCUGGUGGUAUUGGCUAUGGAUUGGGAGGUGGAUUCGGUGGAAUAGGCCAUGGAUUGGGAGGAGGAUUUGGCCACGGAUUGGGAGGAGGAUUUGGCCACGGAUUGGGAGGAGGAUUUGGCCAUGGACUGGGAGGAGGAUUUGGUCAUGGAUUAGGUGGUGGAUUCGGUGGAGUCUCUAUAGUCCGACCUGCGGUAAAGAAAGUCGUUACCGUCAGCAAAGGAAUCGGACACGGAGGACUUGGAGGAUUCGGAGGACUAGGAGGAUUUGGAGGAAUUGGAGGAUUUGGAGGACGUUAUGGUGGCUAUGGAUGGUAACAUAAUAAAUUAUAAAUCAAAUAAAUACCUAAUAAACUAAUAUGAAUCCA